AACCUUGCACCAUUUAAAGAUUUGACAUAUGCUCCAAAGUAUUGUGUACAACUGAAGAAGAAAGCAGAGUCAAAAGAAGUAAAUAAAGCUAAAUGUAAAUUCAUUCCUGAGCACGUUUUCUUUGCUGACUUUGAGUGUAGCACAGACGGCUUUCAUAAAGCUUUUAACAUCUGUUAUGACAGUGAAGAUGGUUCAGUGAGUGAAAGCAUUUGGGGUCAAAACUGUGCAACAGAAUUUUUGGAAAGACUUCCUGACAAGAGUUUAAUAUAUUUCCACAACCUCAGUUAUGACAUAAACUUCAUCUUAAGACACAUGACAGAAGUGAAAGGAACUCCCAUCAUUAAAGGUUCACGAACAAUGCAAAUAACUGGUUUAUAUAAAGGACGGGCAAUUAUUAUAAAAGACUCUUACAGUGUUAUAAAUAAGAAGCUUAAACUAUUUCCUGCUAUGUUUAACUUACAAACAGGACCGAAAGAAGUAUUUCCAUAUAACUACUACAGCAGUGUUUUGUUAGCAAAUGACAACAGAACUGGUGUCAUUUCUGAAGCAUGUAAGUUUAUCCAUGAUGCAGAUACAUUUAUGAAAAACAUAGAUUCCAUCAAAGGUUGCAGAAUAGAUGAAAACCACUUCGACUUAGAAAAAUAUAGCACGUUUUACUGCAAACAAGAUGUAAGAAUUUUAAGAGAAGGUUUUGUAAAGUUCCGCAAUGACUUAUUGAAAGAGUUUGAUUUAAACGUUUAUGACUACGUUAGUAUUUGUUCUAUUGCUAACAAAUUGUUUGAGAACAGAGUAUACUUCCCGAAUGGAAAUCUUUAUGACCUCUCAAAUAAACCAAGAGAAUUUAUUUCGAGAUGCAUUCAAGGUGGAAGAUGUAUGUUGUCAGAUAACAUGAAACAAAAGAGCAAAAAGAAACUCAUUGCUGACUUCGACACUGUUUCAUUAUAUCCUUCAGCUAUAGCAAGACUUUAUACUUUAGAAGGUAUUCCAAAAGUAUUGA